AUGAAGUCAACUGUAUCUGCAAAUGAAACAGGCGUUGAAGGAAGGAUUCAAGAAGAGGAAGAAGAGGAGGAAUACAAAAAAUUGGGCGAAAAAGGAGAAACGACAUAUAUGGAAGCUUCAGUAUCACCAUCAGCUGGCACUGGGCUGCCUGGUCUUGGUCUAUCGAUGACACCCUUCUCUAUAAAUGAAUCUUCAGUGUCGAUGAAGUCAACUGUAUCUGCAAAUGAAACAGGAAUUGAGGAAAGAAUUCAAGAAGAGGAAGAAGAAAUGAAACGACUGGGAGAAAAGGGAGAAACGACAUAUAUGGAAGCUUCAGUAUCACCAUCAGCUGGCACUGGGCUGCCUGGUCUUGGUCUAUCGAUGACACCCUUCUCUAUACCUGAAUCUUCAGUGUCGAUGAAGUCAACUGUAUCUGCAAAUGAAACAGGCAUUGAAGGAAGAAUUCAAGAAGAGGAAGAAGAACAGGAAUACAAAAAAUUGGGCGAAAAAGGAGAAACGACAUAUAUGGAAGCUUCAGUAUCACCAUCAGCUGGCACUGGGCUGCCUGGUCUUGGUCUAUCGAUGACACCCUUCUCUAUACCUGAAUCUUCAGUGUCGAUGAAGUCAACUGUAUCUGCAAAUGAAACAGGCGUUGAAGGAAGGAUUCAAGAAGAGGAAGAAGAGGAGGAAUACAAAAAAUUGGGCGAAAAAGGAGAAACGACAUAUCUGGAAGCUUCAGUAUCACCAUCAGCUGGCACUGGGCUGCCUGGUCUUGGUCUAUCGAUGACACCCUUCUCUAUACCUGAAUCUUCAGUGUCGAUGAAGUCAACUGUAUCUGCAAAUGAAACAGGCAUUGAAGGAAGGAUUCAAGAAGAGGAAGAAGAGGAGGAAUACAAAAAAUUGGGCGAAAAAGGAGAAACGACAUAUAUGGAAGCUUCAGUAUCACCAUCAGCUGGCACUGGGCUGCCUGGUCUUGGUCUAUCGAUGACACCCUUCUCUAUACCUGAAUCUUCAGUGUGGAUGACGUCAACUGUAUCUGCAAAUGAAACAGGCGUUGAAGGAAGGAUUCAAGAAGAGGAAGAAGAGGAGGAAUACAAAAAAUUGGGUGAAAAAGGAGAAACGACAUAUAUGGAAGCUUCAGUAUCACCAUCAGCUGGCACUGGGCUGCCUGGUCUUGGUCUAUCGAUGACACCUUUCUCUAUGCCUGAAUCUUCAGUGUCGAUGAAGUCAACUGUAUCUGCAAAUGAAACAGGAAUUGAGGAAAGAAUUCAAGAAGAGGAAGAAGAAAUGAAACGACUGGGAGAAAAGGGAGAAACGACAUAUAUGGAAGCUUCAGUAUCACCAUCAGCUGGCACUGGGCUGCCUGGUCUUGGUCUAUCGAUGACACCCUUCUCUAUACCUGAAUCUUCAGUGUCGAUGAAGUCAACUGUAUCUGCAAAUGAAACAGGCAUUGAAGGAAGAAUUCAAGAAGAGGAAGAAGAACAGGAAUACAAAAAAUUGGGCGAAAAAGGAGAAACGACAUAUAUGGAAGCUUCAGUAUCACCAUCAGCUGGCACUGGGCUGCCUGGUCUUGGUCUAUCGAUGACACCCUUCUCUAUACCUGAAUCUUCAGUGUCGAUGAAGUCAACUGUAUCUGCAAAUGAAACAGGCAUUGAAGGAAGGAUUCAAGAAGAGGAAGAAGAAAUGAAAAGACUGGGAGAAAAGGGAGAAACGACAUAUAUGGAAGCUUCAGUAUCACCAUCAGCUGGCACUGGGCUGCCUGGUCUUGGUCUAUCGAUGACACCCUUCUCUAUACCUGAAUCUUCAGUGUCGAUGAAGUCAACUGUAUCUGCAAAUGAAACAGGAAUUGAAGGAAGGAUUCAAGAAGAGGAAGAAGAGGAGGAAUACAAAAAAUUGGGCGAAAAAGGAGAAACGACAUAUAUGGAAGCUUCAGUAUCACCAUCAGCUGGCACUGGGCUGCCUGGUCUUGGUCUAUCGAUGACACCCUUCUCUAUACCUGAAUCUUCAGUGUCGAUGAAGUCAACUGUAUCUGCAAAUGAAACAGGCGUUGAAGGAAGGAUUCAAGAAGAGGAAGAAGAGGAGGAAUACAAAAAAUUGGGCGAAAAAGGAGAAACGACAUAUAUGGAAGCUUCAGUAUCACCAUCAGCUGGCACUGGGCUGCCUAGUCUUGGUCUAUCGAUGACACCCUUCUCUAUACCUGAAUCUUCAGUGUCGAUGAAGUCAACUGUAUCUGCAAAUGAAACAGGCGUUGAAGGAAGGAUUCAAGAAGAGGAAGAAGAGGAGGAAUACAAAAAAUUGGGCGAAAAAGGAGAAACGACAUAUAUGGAAGCUUCAGUAUCACCAUCAGCUGGCACUGGGGUGCCUGGUCUUGGUCUAUCGAUGACACCUUUCUCUAUGCCUGAAUCUUCAGUGUGGAUGAAGUCAACUGUAUCUGCAAAUGAAACAGGAACUGAGGAAAGAGUUCAAGAAGAGGAAGAAGAAAUGAAAAGACUGGGAGAAAAGGGAGAAACGACAUAUAUGGAAGCUUCAGUAUCACCAUCAACUGGCACUGGGCUGCCUGGUCUUGGUCUAUCGAUGACACCCUUCUCUAUACCUGAAUCUUCAGUGUCGAUGAAGUCAACUGUAUCUGCAAAUGAAACAGGCAUUGAAGGAAGGAUUCAAGAAGAGGAAGAAGAGGAGGAAUACAAAAAAUUGGGCGAAAAAGGAGAAACGACAUAUAUGGAAGCUUCAGUAUCACCAUCAGCUGGCACUGGGCUGCCUGGUCUUGGUCUAUCGAUGACACCCUUCUCUAUACCUGAAUCUUCAGUGUCGAUGAAGUCAACUGUAUCUGCAAAUAAAACAGGCAUUGAAGGAAGAAUUCAAGAAGAGGAAGAAGAGGAGGAAUACAAAAAAUUGGGCGAGAAAGGAGAAACGACAUAUAUGGAAGCUUCAGUAUCACCAUCAACUGGCACUGGGCUGCCUGGUCUUGGUCUAUCGAUGACACCCUUCUCUAUACCUGAAUCUUCAGUGUCGAUGAAGUCAACUGUAUCUGCAAAUGAAACAGGCACUGAAGGAAGGAUUCAAGAAGAGGAAGAAGAAAUGAAAAGACUGGGAGAAAAGGGAGAAACGACAUAUAUGGAAGCUUCAGUAUCACCAUCAGCUGGCACUGGGCUGCCUGGUCUUGGUCUAUCGAUGACACCCUUCUCUGUACCUGAAUCUUCAGUGUCGAUGAAGUCAACUGUAUCUGCAAAUGAAACAGGCAUUGAAGGAAGAAUUCAAGAAGAGGAAGAAGAGGAGGAAUACAAAAAAUUGGGCGAAAAAGGAGAAACAACAUAUAUGGAAGCUUCAGUAUCACCAUCAGUUGGCACUGGGCUGCCUGGUCUUGGUCUAUCGAUGACACCCUUCUCUAUACCUGAAUCUUCAGUGUCGAUGAAGUCAACUGUAUCUGCAAAUGAAACAGGCGUUGAAGGAAGGAUUCAAGAAGAGGAAGAAGAGGAGGAAUACAAAAAAUUGGGCGAAAAAGGAGAAACGACAUAUAUGGAAGCUUCAGUAUCACCAUCAGCUGGCACUGGGCUGCCUAGUCUUGGUCUAUCGAUGACACCCUUCUCUAUACCUGAAUCUUCAGUGUCGAUGAAGUCAACUGUAUCUGCAAAUGAAACAGGCGUUGAAGGAAGGAUUCAAGAAGAGGAAGAAGAGGAGGAAUACAAAAAAUUGGGCGAAAAAGGAGAAACGACAUAUAUGGAAGCUUCAGUAUCACCAUCAGCUGGCACUGGGCUGCCUGGUCUUGGUCUAUCGAUGACACCUUUCUCUAUACCUGAAUCUUCAGUGUCGAUGAAGUCAACUGUAUCUGCAAAUGAAACAGGCAUUGAAGGAAGAAUUCAAGAAGAGGAAGAAGAACAGGAAUACAAAAAAUUGGGCGAAAAAGGAGAAACGACAUAUAUGGAAGCUUCAGUAUCACCAUCAACUGGCACUGGGCUGCCUGGUCUUGGUCUAUCGAUGACACCUUUCUCUAUGCCUGAAUCUUCAGUGUCGAUGAAGUCAACUGUAUCUGCAAAUGAAACAGGAAUUGAGGAAAGAAUUCAAGAAGAGGAAGAAGAAAUGAAACGACUGGGAGAAAAGCGAGAAACGACAUAUAUGGAAGCUUCAGUAUCACCAUCAGCUGGCACUGGGCUGCCUGGUCUUGGUCUAUCGAUGACACCCUUCUCUAUACCUGAAUCUUCAGUGUCGAUGAAGUCAACUGUAUCUGCAAAUGAAACAGGCAUUGAAGGAAGAAUUCAAGAAGAGGAAGAAGAACAGGAAUACAAAAAAUUGGGCGAAAAAGGAGAAACGACAUAUAUGGAAGCUUCAGUAUCACCAUCAGCUGGCACUGGGCUGCCUGGUCUUGGUCUAUCGAUGACACCCUUCUCUAUACCUGAAUCUUCAGUGUCGAUGAAGUCAACUGUAUCUGCAAAUAAAACAGGCAUUGAAGGAAGAAUUCAAGAAGAGGAAGAAGAGGAGGAAUACAAAAAAUUGGGCGAAAAGGGAGAAACGACAUAUAUGGAAGAAGCUACAGAGACUUUAUCAGCCCCAGCUGUUCAGCUUGGUGUUGCUUUAUCAGUGACACCAUUUUUGAAACCAGACUCAUCAUCUUCACCCCUUGUAUUGAUGACGAAACCUGAGGUCGAAGAAAAGCUUGAAGAAGAAAAAGAAGAAGAGGGCUUGGAAUAUAAGAGACUGCUAGAAAGAGGAGAAACGACAGUGAUGGACGAAGAAAUCCAGAAAUUGCCUCCAGCCCGCACCAAGCAUGUUGGUCUCGGUAUAUCAGUUACACCACAUUCGAUGCUGGAAACAUCAUCGCUGCCAUCCGUACUGAUUAAGAAACCUGAGAUACCGCAUGGAAAACUCCAUGAAGAAAAGCUUGGAGAAGAAAAAGAAGAAGAGGGCUUGGAAUAUAAGAAACUCCUAGAAAGAGGAGAAACGACAGUGAUGGACGAAGAAAUCCAGAAAUUGCCUCCAGCCCGCACCAAGCAUGUUGGUCUCGGUAUAUCAAUUACACCACAUUCGAUGCUGGAAACAUCAUCUUUGCCAUCUGUACUGGUUAAGAAACCUGAAGUACCGCAUGAAAAACUCGAUGAAGAAAAGCUUGAAGAAGAGGGCUUGGAAUAUAAGAAAUUCCUAGAAAGAGGAGAAACGACAGUGAUGGACGAAGAAAUCCAGAAAUUGCCUCCAGCCCGCACCAAGCAUGUUGGUCUCGGUAUAUCAGUUACACCACAUUCGAUGCUGGAAACAUCAUCGCUGCCAUCCGUACUGAUUAAGAAACCUGAGAUACCGCAUGGAAAACUCCAUGAAGAAAAGCUUGGAGAAGAAAAAGAAGAAGAGGGCUUGGAAUAUAAGAAACUCCUAGAAAGAGGAGAAACGACAGUGAUGGACGAAGAAAUCCAGAAAUUGCCUCCAGCCCGCACCAAACAUGUUGGUCUCGGUAUAUCAGUUACACCACAUUCGAUGCUGGAAACAUCAUCUUUGCUAUCUGUACUGGUUAAGAAACCUGAGGUACCGCAUGAAAAACUCGAUGAAGAAAAGCUUGAAGAAGAGGGCUUGGAAUAUAAGAAACUCCUAGAAAGAGGAGAAACGACAGUGAUGGACGAAGAAAUCCAGAAAUUGCCUCCAGCCCGCACCAAACAUGUUGGUCUCGGUAUAUUAGUUACACCACAUUCGAUGCUGGAAACAUCAUCUUUGCCAUCUGUACUGGUUAAGAAACCUGAGGUACCGCAUGAAAAACUCGAUGAAGAAAGGCUUGAAGAAGAGGGCUUGGAAUAUAAGAAACUCCUAGAAAGAGGAGAAACGACAGUGAUGGACGAAGAAAUCCAGAAAUUGCCUCCAGCCCGCACCAAACAUGUUGGUCUCGGUAUAUCAGUUACACCACAUUCGAUGCUGGAAACAUCAUCUUUGCCAUCUGUACUGGUUAAGAAACCUGAAGUACCGCAUGAAAAACUCGAUGAAGAAAAGCUUGAAGAAGAGGGCUUGGAAUAUAAGAAACUCCUAGAAAGAGGAGAAACGACAGUGAUGGACGAAGAAAUCCAGAAAUUGCCUCCAGCCCGCACCAAGCAUGUUGGUCUCGGUAUAUCAGUUACACCACAUUCGAUGCUGGAAACAUCAUCUUUGCCAUCUGUACUGGUUAAGAAACCUGAGGUACCGCAUGAAAAACUCGAUGAAGAAAAGCUUGAAGAAGAGGGCUUGGAAUAUAAGAAACUCCUAGAAAGAGGAGAAACGACAGUGAUGGACGAAGAAAUCCAGAAAUUGCCUCCAGCCCGCACCAAGCAUGUUGGUCUCGGUAUAUCAGUUACACCACAUUCGAUGCUGGAAACAUCAUCUUCGCCUGUGCUAAUGAGAAGGCCUGAGGUUCCAUAUGAAACAGAGAGCCGAUAUGCUACAGAAGAAAUACUUUCAUCAUCUGAAAUUGCUUCUAAACAGGUGAAAUUCGAAGAUAAACGCCUUGAUAUUGCAAACAAAACGGAUUCUAGUGAUAUUUAUAUUCGUACUCGUUUCUCGACGUCGACACCUAAUGUUUCUGUGGUUGAAGCUACAAGUUCGAGCAUAGAAGAAACAAGUGCUGUUACUGAGCUAGUUGACGAAAUUAAACAAGGUUGGCUGGAAGCAAUGAAAUCAUUGGAACUAUUGCGUAAGCAUUUACAAGAUUUUGAAAGGAAUAUAAGAAAGGCAGCGCAGUUAAGGGCGAAAAUGGCAAGUAGACAGGGGCGAGGAAAUCGCAAAAAUCGAAAGGCGGAUAUUACAAACAUAUUUAGCAGUGAUAAAGGAAAAAAUGGACAUGAACAUAUUGUUCAACCUAUGGACAAUGAAAAAGAAAUGGAAAAGCUGCUUUCUGCUAGUUUGGACGUUGAUAAUAGUACCAAAAAUCAUGGAAAAUUGGAAAACGAAAUGAAUUUGAAUGGCACUGAAUCUACGAUAGGUUUAAAAUUCCGCGAACUCAGCAGUCACAUCAAUGUGGAAAGUAAGAAGAUCGUCGAAAACAGUUGGCGAAAAUCCGCUUUAAGGCAAACAGAAAAUUUAAUCAGGAAUCGAAAAUUAAUAACAAACAAUCCUUCGGAAAUGCGAAGGAAGAUGUUGGAGGAACAGAUGCAUGAGGCGCUUGUGAGAAUGGAAAAUGGAAAACGUGAUGAACAGGGAGAAAUAGAGGUAAAAUCGAAAAAAGAAAAGGAAGAGGAGGAAGACAGAGUAAUUAAUGGGACGGUGUAUACCAGACUAAUGGAAGAAAAGGCUCGUUUGGAAGAAGCACGUCUUCUACGUGAAGAACAAGCGGAACUGAGAAAGAAGCAAGAACUUAACCAUGGUUUUGCUGAUAAGGCUCAACUGGAACGACAGGAUCAAAUAGCUCAAAAAUUGGAACAACUUAUCGAAAAUGAAAGGCAACAUCGUGAACAGCUUGAACGAGAAGAGCGGAUGAUGAAUGCCAACAUGAGACAUCACAUGAUCACACCUGCCCUUGGCAGUCCGUUGGCGACUCUAAUCCCUAAAGCUGAAGAAGAUUUGGUGCUCUCAACACAAUGUUCUGUGAUUCGAAAAUUUGUGAGAGUGUUCGAUAUCAACGACGCCAUUGAAUGGAUUCAUAUGAACUGUCCAAUUGCUAAAAUCUAUUUCCCCGAAGAAAGUUGUGAACAAGUGGAAAAAUUAUUCAAAUCUUGCUUACAAUAG